AUGAGACUCCGAACCAGAUAUGUCGCCGCUGCUGGGGCGCUUCUUUUCGUGGUGUUGUUUUUUACCUCCCAAGUGGAGAUUUUGAGUGCAGUUCAGAAAUUAAACCCAAAAGAGUGUUCAAAGACGUAUUAUUUGUCGGGAGAUCAUGUUGAUGCUGGAUAUUUAAGCCAUGUUAUCAAGGUUUUCGAGCGGGCAGGAUUCUCAAGAAGCUACGAUCCUGACUCCUGGUCCGUCUUAUGGAGCCAUCUGUAUCCCUUUGGUGAACCUCCAAGAAAAUACUACGGCAACUUUCUCAAAACCCUUCCGGCCGGCCUCAGAGUCAACAAAAUCCCUGGAACUGGUUGGGUCUCCAGCAAGCAGGCCCUCUCCAAACUUACCAAUUAUAAAUACAUGCCGACUGCUUUUGAGCUACCCUCUCAAUUCAACAAGUUCAACGAAUACGCCAAAGCUAAUCCUGAAGGACAUUGGGUCGUUAAAAGUGGCAAGCAUCGCAAUAUAAAGAUCGUCGAAGCAAAAGACUUCUUAAAACUGCGAUCAACGAAGGAGCAGUUCGUUCAGCGACUGGUCGAGCCACCGAUGAUUAUUGACAAGAAAAAGUUCGAUAUUGGAAUUUACACUGUUGUCACUUCAAUUGACCCACUUCGAGUUUACAUGCUCCAGUCUGAGUGGCUCAUUCGCUUUUGCAAGGAUGAAUACGAGCCUUUUGACCCGAACAAUGUCGAUAGCUAUGUUGUGGGCGACGAUUACACAACCAUCUGGGACAUUCCAACUCUCAACGCCUACAUGGAGAACGGUUCGUCGAUGAAGCAAGCUCUCUUGCGCCACAUGAAGGCCUCUGGAAAGAAUAUCGAUGAGUUUCAAAAUAAGUUCAAAGAAGCAGUAGCGCAAGUCUGGGAGCUCCAAAGGGAGAAAAUUCUCAAUGUUUAUAAGAACUAUCAGGUGAAGGAGGGGCAGAUGUUCGAAAUGUUCCGAAUGGACUUUGUGAUCGACGAAGAUUCAAACAUCUUUCUUCUUGAGGUUAACAUGUCGCCAAAUUUAUCAAGCCAAUCGCAUCCUCCGAACGCCCCAAUAUACGAAUCGGUACUGCAAAACAUGUUUCAACUCGUCGGCCUGACGUCAACUUUUCUCCCAGCGACAUGGGAGUGUGAUUCUUCGAAAUUUGAUGAGUUCGUUAACGGAGCUCAGGAACAACUUAUUGUUACAAAACUUGGCGACACCGUCCAAGUGGUUGAUUCAACACAUAUUCUUCCAUCUGGCGCGAAGGCGAUCGUUUUCACAAAACCACAAGGAGUUAAUUUGAGCGAUAACCCGACGUCUCUCAGCUUUCAGACAUUCACACAAAAUGAAGAAGUCUCCUAUCUUCCCCUCGGUCGUGCGACCAGUGCUGCUCUUGAAGCUGAAAUUUUGGAACUGGGCUCGAGAGGUCGAGCACUCGUCAAGAACUUAGAGGGAAUGUCGAGUGUUUCUGAGCUUCUAGCUGGCUUGACUUUUCUCUCUGAAACUCUUGGCUCAGUAAAGUCCGAUUCGAAAAAGGACCAAAUUCUAAGAUACACUGACGCGCUAUACGUCGAAUCUGCGAGCAACAUAUUCAUCGACGGCGCUGGAGAUGAGCUUUUUGAAGUCCUGGAGAAGCUUGUAAAAGUUAUCGGCGCCCAGGGAACUGAAAACGCAGCGCAGAGCAAGACUUUUAUCCAGUCCUGUCGUCACGUGUCCGCUGUGCGCGAGUUAGUGGACACGAUUAAUAGCGUCACUGGAAAAGCUCUUGUUGUUCCAAGAGUAGACGUCAGUAAUCCAGAAGCGUCUGCUGAAAAGAUCGGGAAGAGCCUCAUCGAGCGAUAUGGAUCGGAACUAGACGAUUUCGUCAGAAAAAUGCUCGAUCAAUCGAAAUCGCCAACGCAAAUCGUUAGUAGAUGCAGUCAAUGCACCUCGAUUCUGAGAUACAUGCCCGACCGAAGAGCAGCAGUAGCGGAGAAGCUAGAAAUUGCGCUGGAAGCGACGAUGGAAGACAAAACCGAAGAUCUUAACCCAAUCAAGAAGAUGAUAUAUUCAUUCUGGCAAGAGGGCAUCGCGAGGAACAUUCAUAAACUUGGAGAAGCCGUUCACUCGGAAUCAAUUGCUACUCGUGCUAAAGAACGCCACCAAAAAGAACAUGCACGGAGGCUGGAGUUGUUUCAUCAGUGGCAAGAAGAUAUUCAGGAUGAAACCGACGAUAUGAUCAUCGAUUUCGACCAAAAGUCGGAUGUUUUUCACUUUAACGAAAAUACAAAGAAGCUCGAGCUCUCGUUCUCGGAUCGCUGGGAAUCGCUACUAUGCGAGGUCAAGCAAAUCCAUGCGCUUAGACUCCCAGUGAAUAUGAAGGUGCAACAAAAUUGCCGAAAAGCAGCGCGUUUUUAUCGAGCGGGUGUUUUGCUCCAACAAGUCGCGAGUUUCUACAACACGAUUGGCAGCAAGAUGAUCCCCUCGACGAAGCCGAUGCUGUUAAAGAAAGCGAUUGAGUUCGAAGCUCUCAUUAAGAACAUAGCAAGAAACGAGAAGCAAAUGAAAUGGGAGAAUCCAGAUGAGCUGGAGAAAUUCGCCCGCUCGCUACAAGCCUGCUCCGAAGAAUUCAAAACAGCAAAUGAUCAAAUAACUCAGAAACAUAUUGAACUGAAGAAGCUUGUGCUAGAAUUGCUCAACACUGAUUUAAUCCGACAAGAAGAGAAAUGGAAAGGAAUAAUCAGCCGGUUGCGCGAGAAAGUCGAAAACGUCAGAGUUGUAUACGGCGAAGAUCAGUGCGAGGCAUGGCUUAUUCACUGGGAUCGGCAGCUGUAUAAAGUCAUCGACGUGCAUUAUAAAUACAGCUUGCAAACUCUGGUUGACCGUCUACCGGAGAUCAGACUCGACCUCAUCUUCAACGGAGCCGGGCUUUGCUUCAGACCUGAUCUAGAAACCGCUCGGGCCCGAUUUUACAGCCACAUCAAGAGAAUCACAAAUCUUCCCCAAUCCUUCCGUGGACUUGCUUAUGAGAGAGCAGAUGGCAUUUUCCAUCAAGUCGAGUCGAUCUUAGAAAAUCAUGCCGAGUGGAUUUGCCCAGCCAUUGUCGACUUGGAUGCGAUAUUUGCUCCUCUGAAAAGCGUAAAUGACUUCGAGGAAGCUCUCCGAGAAAUCAAGCAAAAAGGCAAAGAAGCAGAAAAGCUACCUGAGAUCAUAAAACAUGACUGUAUCACAGUAUCUUUAACACAAUUCAAGCGACAAGUCGAUGGGCUCCUCACCCGAUGCUACAACGAGUUGUGUAUCUCUAUCAGAAACCUAGUCUUAGAAGAAAGCAAAGAGCUGAGCAAAUUUAUAUCAGAGUCAAAAGAAGCACUUACAGCAAGAGUAAACAGUAUUGACGAUAUCACGCAGCAACAAAUAAAGUAUCACGAAAUUACGAAGCAAUUAUCCAGCGCAAUGAAAAAGAAAUAUGAGGAGAUGAAGGAGCUAAUAAAGUUACAUCAGAAUAUUACACGCGAAGAAAUUUAUAUUGGCAGCUUACAGUCAGACUGGGAAGGCUUCGGCAUUAUUAUAGACUCAUACGAAGCAUCAACUGAGGACAAAAUCGAACAACUAAAAUCGACGACACUUGAGCAAAAGAAAACACUUUCAGGACGAAUUGAAGCUGUACUCGCAAAAUGGAACUCUGGCAAGCCUUCUGAUACGGUCGACUCUCUAAGCGAUAAUGCCAAAAUCAAAAAUAUAUCAUCAUUUAUCAACGAAAAGGCAGAGGAGAUGAGAGCGCUGAAUGAAGAGAUUGAACAAAUGAACAAACAGCUGGAGAUAUUUGAACUCGAAGCGAUGCAACUUGACGUAUAUAAUCAACUCAAGAGUGAAAUAGAAGAGUACGAAUCGAACUGGAGUCUUAUAGGAAAGUUCGAGGAAGCCUUUGGGAUUUUUACAAAUGCAGAAUGGGUGCAAGUAAAAUCCAGAAUGCACGAGUUCCAAGAGCUUGGUCAAAAAUGGCUCGACGAGGAACUUACGAAUCCCAGUGGAACUCCGACUCUAAUGCAAACGCGGCUCAAAGAACGUCUCCGAGGCUGGCUUCAAUGCGUUCCAGCGUUGGCACUUUGCCGAGGCGACUCUUUCUCCACUGAUCAUUGGCUCGAGCUCUUUCUUUUUUGCGAGAUUCAACGAAAAUGGCUCUAUCUGGAACCAGUCUUUUGCAAAGGCGUCUUUGCAACAGAAAAAUCCCAGUUUAUGUCGACUCACAGCAACAUCGUCUCACUUCUAUCACAAGCAUUUCACAUGAAAACAGCUGUUUCAUUUUCAACGACAAGCGGUCUAGUAGACAAUCUUGAACGAAUCUUGCAAAAGCUUCAAGCAUCCCAGCGAGCAUUGAGCUCAUUUUUGGAGGAAAAGCGAAACUCAUUCUCGAAGUUCUUUUUCUUGGGAGAUGAUGAUCUUCUUGAGAUUCUCGGCCGACCUUUAUCGAUUCAAACUCAUCUGAGAAAACUGUUCGCUGGAAUCGCUGCCCUCGAGAUACAAGAUGAAUCACAUGUGAUGGGAAUAAAAUCGCUCGGAGGAGAGAAGGUCAAUCUUUCCAGGAAUGUGACGAUAGAUGAUAAUCCGGAAAACUGGCUUGGCCAGGUUGAUGCUCUUGCGAAGGACGUUCUCAAAGGAUACCUUCGCGGAAAAGGCGCUGCGCCAGCACAAAUAGAAUGUUUGAGAAAUCAGAUUGACUUUUGUGCAAAAGCCGAAAAAGCAAUCUCAUCUGGCUCACUUUCAAAGCUGAACACGGAAAUGGUUGAGCUCAUUCACCAGCUUGCGUCGCAGAAAGAUGAACAUGACCAGGUCUCAAUGGCGCGACUGACUGCUCUGAUUUUGGAUGCAGUGCAUCACCGAGAUGUUGUUAAGCAGAUGACGGAUGAGAAAUGCAGAAGUGUUGACGAUUGGGUCUGGCUCAAGCAGCUCCGUUUCUACUCAAAGGGAGGAAACGUGAUCGGCCAAAUGAUCGACUCGGUGCAAGAGUAUUCAUGGGAGUAUCAAGGCAUUCCAAAUCGACUUGUUCACACCUCAUUGACCGAUAAAUGUUUCCUUACUCUGACUCAAGCUCUGAGUCUUGGACUCGGUGGAAAUCCUUACGGCCCAGCUGGCACGGGAAAGACCGAAUCUGUAAAAGAGCUUGGAUCCCUUCUUGGCCGGCAUGUACUCGUUUUCAACUGUGACGAAGGUCUUGAUGUGAAAAGCAUGGGUAGAAUUUUCAUGGGCUUGUGUAGAAGCGGUGCUUGGGGAUGCUUUGAUGAGUUCAACCGAUUGAGUGAAAUUGUCCUCUCAGCAGUGUCAAUGGACAUUCAAGGCAUACAAACUGCACUAAUGACAAAAGCAAAGGCAGUUACGCUCCAAAAUAUUGACAACGAACUCUCCUCACACACCGCUAUCUUUGUCACGCUCAAUCCAGCGGGAAAAGGUUACGGUGGGCGACGAAAGCUGCCAGAUAACCUCAAGGCGCUAUUUAGACCUGUGGCAAUGUCCAAACCUGACAUAACAACAAUCGCGACCGUCAUGCUUUUUGCUGAAGGAUUUCAAGAGGAGAUCAUUGGCCAACGACUCGUCAAGCUCUUCCUUCUCUGCCGCGAUUUACUCGAAAAGCACCAGCACUACGACUGGGGCCUUCGAGCAUUGAAAACUGUUCUCAAUACUGCUGGAAAGAUGCUUAGAUCAAGGGCCUCUAUGGGAGGAGCAAUCGACGAGAAAGAAAUCGCUGUUCGCGCUGUCAGUAUCAACACAACCUCAAAGCUGACUUUCAGUGAUCUUGUCCAGUUUGAUUUCCUGAUUCAACGGGUCUUUCCGGAGGUCAAAAAUAAGAAACUCUCCGAUUCCACAAUGGAACAAAACAUUAAAAAAGUGUGCGAUUCGGAUGGAAUAUAUUUCUAUCCUGAAUUUGCGAGAAAAUGCUUAGAGCUCAGCGAACAGCUCGAACAAAGAAUUGGUGUUGUCGUCUGCGGACCACCAUCAAGUGGCAAAUCGGUCCUUUGGAGAACCUUGGGCGACGCGUUUGCUGCCGAAAAAGGCUCGCUAAAGAUCCAUUACAUGAAUCCAAAGGCGGUUUCUCGUGAACGCUUACUGGGUAAAAUGGACCCGGACACGAGAGAAUGGACAGAUGGUAUUCUGACAGCUGCUGCUCGGCAGGUCAACAGAGAACUUGAGCAUCAUCAUUGGAUCAUUUGCGAUGGUGAGAUCGACCCUGACUGGAUCGAGGCGCUAAAUUCAGUGCUUGACGAUAAUCGCUUGCUUACCCUUCCAAAUGGAGAGCGAAUUCAGUUCGGUAAUAAUGUAAACUUUUUGUUCGAAACCGCGGAUCUCCGGCAUGCAUCACCAGCUACUAUUUCUCGAAUGGGAGUUAUUUUCCUUUCGACUGAAGAAAUUGACAGUUUCAAGAUCGCUUCUACUGUCAUCAGUAAAUUAUCACCAUCUGAGUCAGUGAAAACCGAUGCGACUCAAUGGACUAAAGCGAUUCUUCUUCGUGGUAUAAACUGGAUCGAACAACAUCCUGAGCAUGUAAUCUCCCGCCGAAGCAAGCUGAUAAGGUUGCUUGAUGCAGUUCGAUAUCAGGAUUGGAGUGAUGUGACAAAAGAAAAGUUUGUCAUCGCUGGCUUUAAGAAUAUCUCGAGCGGUCUUUCCGUCGCUGGUCGACAAAAACUUGCUGAAAAAGUAUACAAAGAAAUUGGUCUCGCAGCCGAUCUUACGAUGGCGAUCGACAAGGAUGGCAACCUACAGGCACCAACUCCAUCUCAUGAUAGCGAAAUUGUCGCCACAAAGUCUCUGCUUGCAAAUGCCGAGAGCUUGAAGCACUGGAUCCACUCUGGUGUCAGAGGCGUAUCAUUGCUUGGAAAUGAUGGUUGCGGAAAAAGUUUGCUUGUCAAAUACUGUCAGGGUCAAUUCCCUUCAUGUAAUUUCGUUGAGAUGAAUUGCUCAAGUAUGUCAAUCCCCACUGAGCUUGUGAACUUAAUUGAAUCUGUCGGUAUAAUCGGCCAGGGUAAAAACGGACGCGUCAUCCGACCAAAGGGUUUUGAUCAAGCGAUUAUUCUCGUCCGCGGAGUCAACAUUCCACAGAAGGACAAAUGGGGUACGAACAUGCUCUACGCUUUCAUGACUCAACUCAUUUCCCGUGGUGGGUUUUACAACGAUGAGCGUGAGUUCGUUUCGAUUGAAAAAUUCAAAUUCAUCAUCACUUCGAACCCUAACCGUGGCCAAGUUGACAUGCGCCUCAGCUCAAUUGUACAAACGCUUGUACACUUUUGGAAGACCACCUUUCCAAAUGGUCCGUACGACGAUAUGUCGCAUAGUACUGCUCGCGCUUUCUCGAAUUUGACCGCGCAAUUGGGACCCAAGGAAGCGCCACACUACAAUUUUUCCUUGAGUCAUCUCAAUCAGUGGGCAAAAGCAUGUCAAAGCUUCAAGAGCAAAAACCAUUGGGCAAUAUGGAAGUUUGAAGCUGAUCGGAUUUUCCGCGACAGAAUGAUUGAUGAAAAUCACGAGCGAAUUUACGACACAGCAUUCCAAGGAGCAACUAUGGAGAAAGAGCUUUUCUUUCCUAAGAGAGACGGAAAGUUGCAUGCAAUGGAUAUGAAUGAUCUGCAAAAGCGCUUGCUUGAAACGGCAGGCAACUUCGAACGUGAAAUUCGAGACUUGCCGACUGGCGGGCUUGUCUUAUCGCAGCAACUCACGCAAUCCAUCGUAUCGGUGACAUCUCAGCUAUCAAAUAAAGGUGGCAACAUCGUACUUAUCGGUCCAUCAGGAUCUGGCCGUCGAACUUCUGUCCAGCUAGGCGCCUAUUCACUCCAUUUUGACGUAAUGUCCCCAUCGGUAACGAAUGUCACUGAUAAAGCUGUCAAGAAUUUCUUCCGCACCGCUCUUGGCGCUGCUUCUAUUGAAAACAAGUCUGUAGUGAUUCUUAUCGAAUCACAUCACCUUGAGAAUGGACAAAUUUACGUCUACGCUAAUUCUCUUCUUGCACAGGGAACAGUCCCAGGUCUUUGGUCAGCGGAAGAAAUAGAUCAAAGUCAACUGCGUGCUGAAGCAAGCGCAAUGAGCAUGACUGCGACAGAUCUCUUUGUCAAACGAGCAAAAGAAAACAUCCGCCUAGUUCUAUCCCUAGAAACGGGAAGUAAGGCACUCUCAGAGUGUUGGAAUCAAUGCCCAGCGCUGACGAAAAAGUCGAAAAUUAUCGUUCUUCAGCGAUGGUCACAUGAGACGCUGAGAAGCGUCGCCAACAAAAGACUGUCUCUUGGAGAAGGAACAGAGACAAUUUCAGGUCAUGCGGUAGAAUUGCACCGAGAUCACGGUUGGAAUCCAGCCCAAUAUGCAGUGUUCUUGAAAGCGAUCUCCGAAAUUUACGACAACAAAAAGAACAGCUUUACUGAACGGACGACUAAACUGGAAACUGGUCUGCAUAAACUAGCAGAAGCAGGGAAGACUGUUGCAGAGCUCGAAAAGGAUGUUGUUGAGCAGCAGAAGGUUCUGAAACUAAAACGAGAAGAAGCUGAUGCAGCUCUACAAGCAAUCCAAGAAGCGAUGGGCGGCGCGGAAACGCAAAAAGAUGAAAUGUCGAAGCGUAAGAAAGACGCGGACAAGGAACGCGAAAAUAUCAACCGUCGAAAAGCAAAGAUCGAAGCUGAAUUGAGUGAAGUUCAGCCGCUCAUUGAUGAAGCAAAAGAAGCUGUUGGCAAUAUCCAGACUUCGUCGCUCAAUGAAAUCCGACACUUGAGAGCUCCACCUGAAGUUAUUCGAGAUAUUUUGGAAGGUGUACUCAAGCUGAUGGGAAAUGAUGAUACUUCCUGGACAGGAAUGAAGCAGUUCCUUGGCAAACGAGGUGUAAAGGACGAUAUCCGAGAGUUUGAUGCGAGAAACACUCCUCCUUCCUCACGAGAAGCUGUUGAAGCUUUGAUGCAAAAGAAAGCCAAAUCUUUCCAAGCAGACGUUGCAAAACGAGCUUCAGUAGCUGCAGCCCCUCUGGCUGCAUGGGUAACAGCGAAUGUGCAAUACGCAGCAGUCCUCGAGCGCAUCGCACCGCUAGAGCAGGAGGAGCAAAAACUCUUGCGAGGCCUCCGAGCUGCCGAAUUGCAAGUUGAGAAACUAGGAAGUGGAAUAGCGACUGUAGAAGAACGCGUUGCCGUGCUCCGCGGUGAAUUCGAACAAAAAACCUCCGAAGCAGCCAGACUUGAAAACCGCCUAGAAGACGCGAACAAGCGAUUGCACAAGGCUGGAAAGUUGAUAAAAGAUUUGUCGAAAGAAAAAUCGAGAUGGAAGGAAGGACUUAAAAAUCUGCAGACGACCCAAAUUCAACUUCCGAUCCAAUCUCUUCUCGCUGCAGCGCAUAUUGUCUAUCUGUCUUGCCGUCACGAGGUCGAGAGAAAUAAAGUAUUUAGCGAUUGGAAACUCCGCUACAAUUGCCAAGACUUCAAACUCCUCGAAUUCCUUUCUACUGAAGCUAAGCUUCUUGAAUAUCACCACAAAGGCAUGCCAAACGAUCAGUUGUCUUUGGAAAAUACAGAAAGUCUCAUGUCAUUCUCCAAAACGCCCAUGAUCAUCGAUCAAUCCGGUCGGGCGCAGACUUUCCUCAAGGCCUACUUUGCCGAACAAAAGAUAGAAACUGUAGAUGAGCAUUCAGAUGCUUUCCAGUCAAGUGUCGAACUUGCUCUAAGAUUUGGUAAAACGUUGAUGAUUGAGAAUAUCACCAAACUUUCCGCUUUCAUCGUGGAAGUCUUGAAAGCAAAUGUACACACAAUUGGCACCCGACCAAGCAUCAAAAUCAGCGACAAAGUGAUUGAUAUCAAUCCCAAUUUCAAACUGCUCCUUGCAUCAAAAACUCUUACAUACGAUGAUUUACCAUCAAUAUCUGGCCUUGCGAACCCUGUUAUUUUCUCAAUGACUAGAAAAGGUCUUGAACAUCAACUAUUGUCCGUCGCUCUGCGCGCUGAACAGCCAGAACUCGAGGAGAAAAUGACUACACUUGUCAAGAAGGAAGAAGACUUGCGUCUCAAAAUCAUCAAAAUUGAAAAUGAUCUCCUCGAAACUCUCAUCAAAUCAGAGGGAAAUAUUCUUGACAACGACAAGCUCAUCAGCAGCCUCCAAAGCUCGAAGAAAUCUGCCAAGGAGAUCAAACAAACACUCGAUGAGAACUCGAGAAUCAAAGAAGAACUCGCAAUCGAGCGGAACAAAUACUCGCCACUGGCAUCAUCGGCAGCCACGAGUUUCUUUCAGAUCCAAGACAUCCAAAGCUUGGAUGUCAUGUACACAACUGGCUUGCACUGUAUUACAGUCAUGUUCGAUCAUAUCCUCAAAAAGUACCAUCAGAAGCCAGUAGACAAACUACAAUCAGAAUUCAUCAAGCUCGUAGUCAGUUUUGUUCAAAACAUGGCUUCAAAAGAUCAUGAAGUUUCAGCAUCACUUCAUCUCGUCGCAGCACUAUUCCCGAGAGAGUUCCCCAGUCAGGACUGGUUUAAUAUUAUGACUUCGGGGCAUCGAGAGUUCUCACAAAAGCUCUCUGCAAGCGAAAGAGAGCUUUCUUCAUGGCUCGCCGGUGAAUAUCCAGAAAAUGAAAGUCCAAAAGACACCUCAUUAAAGGUUGAGCAAAUGGCGGUUAUCGCUCAGCGAAGACCUGAUCGUUUCGCCGCUUCUGCUUCAAAUUUAAUAUCGCGCAUUGCAGACAUGCCUGAAUCUGGCCUUGGCGCGAUGGAAUUCAUCUCUCAAGUCGGUGGUGCUGACACACCAAAGCUUUUUAUUCUCUCUGGCGGCGCUGAUCCUUCCAAUGACAUCGCUGGAUUAGCCGAGGCACAGGGCCAAGCACUGGUCGAGGCGGCUUUAGAAGAGGACAACGAUGCGACAUUUAGCGUGUUCAAAGAAUGUCUGCGCUCUGGGAAAUGGCUUUUGUUGAAAAACUGUCACUUGGCAUCCAGCUGGCUUGAAAAGCUUGAAGGGGACCUCGCUGCGCCUGAUAUUCACGAAGAUUUCCGUUUGUGGUUAACUUCAGAAUCUGUUUCAACAUUUUCACCAGCGAUUCUUCGGCGCUCAGUUAAGAUGUGCGUCGAAGCUCCUCCUGGUCUCAGAAGAAGCAUGGAGCGCAUCAGCGACUUAUGGCCCUCUCGAAUGUCUUCUGAUCAUCUUCAGCUGUCACUUCUCCAUUCACUUAUUCUUGAGCGAAAGGGAUUUGGAACUCUUGGUUGGAGCCAAGAGUACGAUUUUACAGUCGCCGAUAUCCGAGCGGCUCUUGCUGUUUCUGCAAAGAUGCGGAAUCGCCCCGGAAUCACAGAGAAGAUGCUCGAGGGAGUCAUCUACGGAAGUCGAAUGCACAAUCCUUUUGAUGGCAAUCUUUUGCGACUCAUGGUGAAUGAAACGAUGUCACGUGACGGUCCAUCCUUCGGAAAAUUCCCUAAGAUGAUCUCUGUCAAGUCCAAGGCCGAUGCAUUGAGCUACACAGCAAAACUUCCAGUUUCGCGUAAUUCUGAUCAUCUUGGACUCGCGAAGAACUCUGGCAAAGCUCUUGCGGAGCAGCUCGUCCGAGAAUCGAUCCGAUCGCUCAACCUUCUCGCUCGACAAACAGAACAUGCGGAUAGUCAAUGGGAAUCCGCUGCAUCCAAUGUUGUGAAACAUUUCACUAUGACUUCCAAAGCUAAAGCGGAAGCUCAAGCAAUUCUCGAUGCAGAAACGCCUUCAAGUUGGUUAAGAGCGUUCUCGGAUGGCCCCGAAGAGCCGAUAGCCUUCCUGGACAAGCUGGCGAAAAUAACGAAUUACUUAAUUACUUCCGUAUCAUCGUCGUCACUCAAUGUUAGCAUGAUGUUCCGCCCGUCUGCGUUGAUAGCUGCCUUGCAAUUGCACGAAAACGCCCCUGCUAACGCCGUGUUGACUCUGUCAACUUCUAGUGCCAAGCUCAAAGUGUCGGGGAUUGUCUUGUCUGGCGCUGAUUUUAGAUCGAAGCUUUCCCAUGCCGAUAUCAACACAAAGUCAACUGUGGAGCUCCCGCCGAUGGGAGUCUCUUUUGCGGAUGAUAAUUCAGCUUCGCUCCCUCUUUAUUCCGAUCAACACCGCGAUAAUCUUAUAUGCCCAGCAGUCCUCAGCGGUCUUGGAUCUGACGCAUCACCAUGGCUUCUCUCUGGCGCGGCUCUUUUCUUAUCUUCUGUAUGA